ACCCGAGAUAUAGACCCGGACCUGGACUGCACCGGCGGACCGCGUGCGAAUCCCCCUUCUCCUCCUCCGUAUGACAACGCCCAUGAAGCCGUCUCAUCGGACACUCUCUACCCUGGCCUCGAAGAAGAGGUGUGUCCCCCGAAAGAAGAGGAGAAGGCUCCCGCUCGCAGCACGAGGCCUGCAACUCGAAGCCAGGGGAAUGCUCCACAAUCAUUCCAGCAGGCGGCCACACCGACCAAGCGGGAACCCGUCGCCAGCCGCUUGAGAAACCAGGGAAUGGCGUUCUCCCCAACUCUUAAACAUGAGGACGUGAUGGAUGGACAAUUCCCCAUGAUCGAAGUACUGAACCCCCAGGAUGGCAGUCCAGCAUACGUUUUCCGUGCAUGGAGACCCAGUGACAUUAAGGACAUAGCGGAAUGGCUCCCAGACCCAGCUACAGUGGGGGGGCCUGCCUUCGCCACAUCCCUCCUUGAGUUGAUCCAACAACACAAGGCAUCCAUCAGUGAAGUGCGCCAACUCUGUGCGUACAGACUGACCCUAAGGUGGGGUCGUAUCCAAGGCGACAUGCCCGGGAGGGACGAAGCUGAUUUAAUGUUCAAUUGGGAUCAAGGGUCCGUGUACCGCCGGCUGGUAGAGGGACUGUGUGAACGGGCCAGGGGGGCGUUCCCCAUGGUUAGAGAUUGGACCGCUAUUCGAAAGAUCCAACAAAUAGAAGGCGAGACGGUGGCUGACUUGAUGGACCGCGUUGAAAAGGUGUUCAAGAUCCACGGGGGACUGCCUGUACCAACCGACCGAGUGGUUCAGACUCCGUAUGAAGAAAAUCUCACCGCGGCCUUCCUGGAUGCGUUGACCGACAAAAUAUCGGAAUUCAUAGAGACACACUGCAUUGGGUGGCGUACCGCCAGACUUGAUUUGAUUAUAAGUCACGCGACCCACGCAGAAAACCUUUUCAUGAAGAAAGAAAAGUUCGGGAAGAAUAGAAAAGAAGAGACAACCAAGAAGCUCCAGCUCGCCCAACUGAAGGACCUGAAGCAUCCUAAGCCCAUCCGUCGUGAAAGAAACCAAGGAACCGACCGGCCAGAAGGGAGAAAGUUCACCCGGGACUGUUAUUAUUGUGGCUCCAAGGAUCAUUGGUUAAGAGAUUGCCCCGUCAGAAAGGAGAGAGAGGACGAAGAGGACGACUGGAAGUCCGCACCUUCCCGUGAAGUGACUGUAAAUCACCCGAAGGGCAAAGAUGAAAAGAGAGGCAAAGAUGGAAGGGGGAAUUCGUAUUGACGGGACGCCGGAGCAGGACAGGUCCAAGGAGGAGGUAUGAGCACCAUAACACAAACACAACAAACACCCGAACUGUUAGGCUCAGCGUCACAACGCUCACAAGCAUUACACCCAAAUAAUUGUUGUAUGGUUCUCACCAGCCUUACGCGACCUGAUCAGCUCCCUCAGACAAACAUAAAUGUAAAUGGUAAAGAGACAACAUUCCUAGUUGAUUCAGGGGCAAAUCAUUCAGUAUUGUCCUCCAAGGAAUGGAAAUAUGUAACAAAACUGAGUGGUCGUGUCAUACAGGUGGUUGGGGCGGGCGGACAACCCUUUAAGGAAAAAUUCACGGUCCCGCUCUCCGUACGGGACGGCGAUAAACAACUCAAACAUUCGUUCCUUCUGUCAGACCAAUGUCCGACAAACCUGUUGGGGAGAGAUUUAAUGUGUCGCCUAGGGCUGAGUGUCAUUUGCACCGACGCGGGCCUCACGGUUACCUCCAAUGCAAGCCCCAUGAUCCAAGCAUACUCGUGUGUGGCACGCGCACCAGGGUACUUUUAUUCAUGGGACUUGCUGCGAGAGGGACCGGGAGCAAUAGCUGACAUACUGAUAACAACCGCACACCACUGCAUGCAGAACCAGCCAGAAAUACAAUACAUGCCCACAGAUAAUUUGCAUUGUCCUGCCAGAAUGUCUUAUGAUGGACAAAUAGCAGAAGUGGAGGAACAUUGGUACAAAGACGAUUGUGAAACAGCUGUGUUGAUGGGGCAGUUGUUGCUUUGGAAUGAGAAAUGUUGCAUGUUAACCGUAGCUUCUAAUGAGGAAGUAAAGGGAUUCUUUAGAAUCCCAGGCUCAGCACCACAUGUGUCCCUUGCAAAAACCCCCGACAUGACAUGGGCUGAAUUGGGCCCAUGGGCAGUGAAAGGGGGGGGAGCAUGUGAUUGGAUACCAGACCCGCAUGGUCCUGAGGGACAAUAUUUCUCACCCGCAACGGGUCUGAGACACAGAGCGUGGGGUGGAGCUUUUGAAACCCGACACUCAGUGCAAAAAAUGCGAGGUGCUACGGGGGAGUCACCAGAGUACUUGCUCCCACAGAUGACGGUGGACGACCCACGAUUGGCUGAGGUCCCACCCACCCUGUGGGCUAAAAGCAAGUACGAUGUGGGCUGCAUACAAAAUGUGGAGCCCCUAAUGGUGACUCCCAAAUCAACAUACAGACCAAAGCAACCACAAUACAGGCUGCGCCAAGAGGCGAUUGAUGGUAUAACACCUGUUUUCAACUCACUGUUGGAAGCCGGUGUUAUAAUCCCGUGUCCGUAUUCACCAUGCUGUACCCCAAUAUUCCCAGUGAAGAAGGCACCAGUUGAAGGCCAACCUACCGCAUGGCGGUUUGUGCAAGAUUUAAAGAAGGUGAAGGAGGCAUUACCGCUGUCAAAGGAAGGGCAACUCCACGAUCUACAACCAGGCGAUUGGAUUGUGGUGAAGGAUUAUCGAAGACGGACCUGGAACUCACCAAGGUGGUUGGGACCAUUCCAAGUCCUUUUGAUCACAUCAUCAGCUGUCAAGGUAGCUGAGAGGGCCACCUGGAUCCACGCCAGCCAUUGCAGACGGGCACCACCACUCACACCAACGGUCAUUUCCGACCCAACCGGUAGCUGAGAGGGCCACCUGGAUCCACGCCAGCCAUUGCAGACGGGCACCACCACUCACACCAACGGUCAUUUCCGACCCAACCGGUAGCUGAGAGGGCCACCUGGAUCCACGCCAGCCAUUGCAGACGGGCACCACCACUCACACCAACGGUCAUUUCCGACCCAACCGGUAGCUGAGAGGGCCACCUGGAUCUACGCCAGCCAUUGCAGAGGGGCACCACCACUCACGCCAACGGUCAUUUCCGACCCAACCCCCUAGGCCGUCACCCCAACACGGAAACAGGGUGAAGUGCUGUUCACUCAUCCUCACACAUAUACAAUCACGUCAGAUCCAGGCCCAGAAACUUUCUCUGGCCAGGGGAGGGACGCGGCCAGAAUCGACAUCAAGCAACAUGGACACCAGAACCAGACGACGACAAUCCGUUCAGAGGCUCGGAUGGAGGAUCCGAGGAAUCAUUUGUGGUCUUGUUGUUCUAAGUGCAAUUAUGUUUAUUCCAUCAUUUUUAACGUGCAAAUCAGUAAUGACACCAGAACCUCAUGUAAAUCCAAUAUCGACGGGAACAAGGGCCAAGAGAGAGGUGGGACCUGAAAUUGAAAAUUCAAUAAUUCGGUUAAUGCACGAGACAGUAAGACAUCUAAACAAAACAGAUUGUUGGAUGUGCAUGCACAUACCCAGCAGCGCUGAAGGGCCGGUCGUAGCUGCAGUUCCACUUUCCCACCUACAAUUUCUAACUGUGAAUUGGCGAAACUUGACAUCAAAUAAUUUAAACAAAGCUUGUGAUGACACAAAAGAUGCAGCCUCGCUACAAAAAUAUUACAUAACAGCGCCAGAUAUCGUCAACAAGAUAGAAAAUGUUGCGAGAGAACAUACCCCGCAGGGAUGCAAUCAAACACGGAUCAUCGGGAUGGCGAUAAUAUCAAGUAUAGAAGGUAACUUUGGUAGUCUACUAACAGUGAAGUCAUAUCAUGCGCAAAUUGACUGUGAGGCUGGUGAAAGCGGAACACACUGUAACUGCCCACUUGUAGGAGCAAUAUGCAAUAGGUCGCAUAAUAUUCCCAGGAUCGAGUGUUCAACGGUGCUGACCUCAUCAAGAUUAGCACCACCAACCCUGCGUGCGACCCGAUGUGCAGAAACCAGGUGUGAACUUCCACACUCCACUAACCCCACGUUAAAAGAACAAAAAACAUCUCGUCAUCAAUUCACAAUAACGAAAUUGUUUAACGUUACGAAUUGCAUAAAUAUUACCCAACCCAAUCUAAACCCCAAGGACGUAAUCCAUCUGGAAAAUAGCAAUUGCAUUGGCCAAUUGCACAAAUUAUCCCUGAACGAAUCAAUACAAAUCAGUCCUAACUCAGUAGAUUUACCAACCGGAGUGUUCCUCGCAUGCGGCAGGAAAAUGUAUAGCUUUGUACCGAACCGUAUGGAGGGUACAUGUUACUUGGCAUACGCAGUACCAAUGCUUCGUGUGGUGACCCAGCAAGAAAUACAGGUGUUAGACGGACACCAUGCCAAACACAAACGUGAUCUCCAGAGAUUUCUGGGCAUGAUAAUACCUGGAUAUGGGGUGUAUUUAAAUCAACAGGAGACAAAGGCCCUAUCCACCGCAUUAGAGGCUCACAUUAAUAGCACGGACAGGGUCGUCACAGCCAUGUCAACACAACUCGAGGAGGUUACUAAGGUGGCACUCCAAAAUCGCAUGGCAUUAGACUUAAUCCUUGCAUCAACCGGAGGUGUGUGUAAAAUUAUUGGCUCGGAAUGUUGCUCAUACGUACAUUCAGCGAAUCUAUCUGUCGUGAAGUUCCACAGGGAAAACAGCAAGGCCAUUAAUGACCUUGCUAAAAUUACUUCCUGGGAUAUCGAAAGUGUGUUCGGGAAUUGGUUCUCAGAUUGGAGUACACCCUUUGUAAGAAAUACGAUAAUGUUUUUUGUAGCCCUAUUGAUCAUAGUAAUAAUACUAAUUAUAACAAUUGCGUGCGUUAAAGCUUGUGUGAAGCAAUUAACCACAGCCGCGGUCUCCCAAUUUAUAAUAGUUGAACCAAUGCAAAACAAGUACCCAGCUUUGACGCGGGUAGCUGGAACAUACCCUGCCUCGGAUUGGAAUAGUUUAAGCAGUGAGGAAGAGGAGUAGCGAAAAUCUAUUCUUUCCUGAAUACUCUGAACAACCUCCUAUAAAAACGGAGAAGUGCUGAUGGUCGAACAUGAUAGAUUUUGAACAUGUGCAUGUUUCGAUUAAGUGAUCAUUUUAAUCCUAAAGGUUGCAUCAUUUUUGUGAUUAUAAAUAAUCAAAGGGGGGAGUGUGAUGGAAAAUCCACAUGUUGUAUUGUUUUGGUCUAUGUAUGAAUUUAAGUUUUGUUGCUAUUCUGUGUAAUUUAAGAUAGGGCCUACGUUCUACUCCAUGCGGGUCAUUUUAAAGUGUAAACCGCCAAGGAUUGAGGGAUGCAUUUUUUAUUGCCUGCCUGUUCCUAUGUUUUCAUGUCUUGUAAAUCACCCUCCAUGCAAUCCUUUGAUGUGUGAACCUGUUUUCUCGACCCCCUGGCUAGCGUCAAC